GUCUGACGGAGGGUCGGUUAUUCGUCAUUCGUCAUCACUGUCAGUCUCCUGACUUCCCUUUCUUUGCCGGGCGUGCUGCUUUGCUUUGCUUGCUUGCUUGCUUGCUUGCUUGCUUGCUUUCACGCUCUUUGGGUCCGGUGUGUCCAUGGUCUGGUCUGGUCUGGUCAGCGUGGUCAUAUCUCGGAAUAACUUCAUCAUUGGCUCCUUCCGGUAGAAUCCUACAUCCCUAUAUACCUAUAUACAGGCCGCCCUCGCCAUCAUCUCCUCCCACCAUCCACCCCAACAACCCCAACAACCCCUCAAAAUGAGCAUCCCCACCCUCCACAUCAACAACGCCAGCCCGAUCGAGGAGCCAACCACCACCAAGCCCGUGACGCGCAAAUCCCUCCACCAAAACAUCUUCGGCAAGCUGCGGCCCCUCCCCCUGCAAUACCACUGGACAGUCUGGUACGACAAACACACCGAAUCCCCUCCCCCAAGCACAGGCACCCGCACCACUCCCACAGACUACAACGCGCGACUAUACGUCCUACACGAGGACGUCGCCGACAUCGCGACCUUCUACCGGGUCUACAACAACUACCCGUGGGAGAAGAUCCGGCUGCGCGACACGGUGCACAUCUUCCGCAAGGGCGUGCGGCCCGUGUGGGAGGAUCCCCAGAAUCGCAACGGCGGGUGUUGGCGGUUUCGCGUGCCGAAGAGUAAAGCCCAGGCGUUCUUUCAUGAGAUUGCGAUCCUGUGUAUGGCGAAUGAGUUUCAGGUGGUGUUGGAGGAUGAACACGACCACGUCCUCGGCGUCUCCACCUCCAUCCGCUUCAACUCUCACCUCAUCUCCGUCUGGAACAAACUCGGCGACAACCCCCGCUCCAUCAAGCUUCUCGAACAGACCAUCCUCGAUCGUCUAUCGCCUGAGCUUCGGCCCACUGGCUCUGGCUCUGGUUCUGGCUCUGGCUCCGGCUCAAACGCCUAUUUCUAUAAACGACACGCCGAGAAUGAGGGUUAUAAGGAGGCCGUGGAGGGGAGUAAGUAGUUAGUAGUUAGUAGUUGGUGGGUAGUGGGUAGUGCAUAAGUAGGGCGUGACUGACUGAGCGGCUGCUGCGUUUUGUAUAUCUGCUUUUCUUUUCUUUUCUUUUCUUUUCUUUUCUUUUCUUCCUUCCUUCUUCUUU